AAAACAGGCAGCAUUGACUUAUUGCUGAAGCUAGCUUUAGGCUAAUUGAUGUAACUAGCUGUAUAAUACUCACAUCGCCUCUAAUCUGUACGACUUGAUAUAACAUAUCAAAUCAUGGACUACAUUAUACACAAAACUAUAGGGACAGGCAGAUUUGUGGCUGCCUAUCAGUUAGGUGUACCGCGAAACGGAUUGUACACUCUGAAGAUCACAGACAAGACGACGACGGAUGUCAGUGAACGUGACAUCAGGGACGGGGUGGAGGCCGCCAUCGACAAACUCCGCCACAUCCACAUCCAGCACUGCUUCGCCUACCACAUAGACGAGCACAGACGUCUGCUGCUACUUCUGGAGCCAGUGAAACAUUCUCUGCUAGAUGCCAUCAGGCAGAAGCCGUUUCACCAUUUUUAUCUCCUCCGUCAAGCCCAUCGCGACCAGAGCCUGCUUUGGUUUGCACAGAUGGCGGAUGGUGUACAGUAUUUGCACGCGCAGAAUAUAUGUCAUCGUGACCUUCGUACCGAUCACGUGUUUCUUGAUGAGAAUGAUGACGUCAAACUUGGAGAUCUUGGACUCCUUAACAAGCAAGAAACGCGAGCUAAAAGCUUCAACUUUUUCGGUGGAGUUUUCAAUGAACCCUGUUAUAUGGGCCCGGAGAUGUUUAACAAUGAAAAAUACACGUCCAAGACAGAUAUCUGGAGUCUGGGCUGUGUUUUCUACGAAGUUUUUUACGGUAAACCAGCUUUUGUCUACAGCGAGGCCAAGCAAAUCUUUGUGAAAAAGAAAAUGCCUGCAUUCCGCUACAGAGAUGUUUACGUGCUGAUAGGGCAGAUGUUGGAGAUAGACAGGGAACAACGAAUCGAUGCCAAAUCUGUUGUAAAACAUGUUAAUUCCCUUAGAGGUGCAGAAUACGAAAAACCAGAUUUCAUGCCGUUUUCGGAGGUGAGCAUUGAAUGGGAGAAGGUGACGAAAGCUGUGAAAAAACACAACAACCCUCGGCCUGCUAGAGGAGCGGAUGAAAGAGGUGGCUGCUCUAUAUCAUAG